CUAACAAAUAUUUAGUCUGUGACUGAAGAGAGUGCAUCACUUUACUAUUUAUCUAUUUUGACUUCUGUCCUACUCAAAAACUGACAUCAGAUGGAGACAAAAGACAAUUUACUGCAACAAAGCAUCCUGGGUUUUUCCAACGAGAACGGAAGAUCCCCUGUGAUGGAUUUAGAGCUUGCACUGAAGAACUCCACCAUCGCCCUCGACCUUUUCCUGAACAACAGGUUCAGUGAUGCGCUGGCUCUUCUAGCCCCCUGGAGGAGUCAGAGCAUUUACCAUGCGGUGGGACACAGCAGCAUCUUAGCGAUGCAGGCUGGGAUGACCUUUGAACCCAAGGACAUCGCUGCUGCUAUGACGUCACUCAGGGAAUCCCUGGAGACAUGUCAGAGGUUUCGUAAGAAAACAGGAAUAGUAGAGACCCUGACAAACCUGUGGUAUCAACAACCAGCUGACAGUCUGACAGAAGAGGAAAUGCACGCGGAGCUGUGCUAUGCUGAGGUUCUGCUCAUGAAGGCUGUCCUCACGUUCCUGGAUGAGAGCAUAAUGGGCUUCAUCAAAGGAGGGAUGACGAUUCGAAACAGCUACCUGAUUUACAAAGAAUGUCAAGCCAUGAUGCAAAAAGCAGAAAAUCUGCAGAAGCUCAGUACACACAUACAUUUUAGGGGCGGUGUCAACAUGGGCAUUGGGACAUUUAAUCUGAUUCUGUCACUGCUUCCAUCCAGAGUCCUGAGACUGAUGGAGUUUCUGGGCUUCUCAGGAGACAGGGAUUUGGGUUUGUCAGAGUUGAGACAAGGAGCCACCAGCAACAGUUUGCGCUCGAUCCUCAGCACCAUGACUCUGCUGAUGUUUCACCUCUACAUCACAGUCAUACUUGGCACUGGAGAGGGAAGUCUUACUGAAGCCGAAGCGCUGCUGGAACCGUAUAAGCAAAAGUUUCCUAAUGGGGCCAUAAUUCUGUUCUACUCUGCAAGAAUUGCCUUGCUCAAAGGAAACUUCACAUUUGCCCAGAAAACGUUCCUGGCGUGUAUCGCGGCUCAGGCAGAGUGGCGCCAGAUUCACCACCUGUGCUACUGGGAGCUGAUGUGGGCCUACUCCUUUGAACAGAACUGGAGGGAAGCUUAUCGAUACGCCGAUCUGCUCUGCAAGGAAAGCAGGUGGUCUCAGGCCACGUACAUCUUCCAGAAAGCUGCCGUCCUGUCCAUGCUCCCGGAGGAGGAAGUGAAUAAACUGGGAGAAAAUGUGGCGGAGUUAUUCAGGCAGGUGGAGGGUCUCAGGCUGAGACUUGCUGGGAAGUCGGUUCCAACUGAGAAGUUCGCUGCAAAGAAAGCGCAACGAUACUUUUUGAACAACCCUGUGAAACUAGCUGUGCCUGCUUUGGAAAUGAUGUAUGUGUGGAACGGCUUCAGUGUAGUUGGCAAAAGACCUGAACUGACUGAAAGCAUCUUGACCACCUUGGCAAAAGCAGAGGAGCAGCUCAGACGAGAUCCAGACCCAUCUGACUAUCACAUGGACGACCAGUGUGUCGUCAAGAUGCUGAAGGGCUUGUGUUUGAAAGAGCUGGGCCGGCUGACCCAGGCUGAGCUUUGCUUCAAUCAUGUCAUUUCCAGUGAGAAUAAAAUCAAACAUGACAAGUAUGUGGUGCCAUUCACCAUGUAUGAGCUGGGAAUGUUGCAGAAACAGAAAGGUGACAUCAACCAGGCCAUUGCAUUGCUGCAAAAUGCCAAGAUGAACUACAAAGACUACAGCAUGGAGUCAAGGCUACACUUCCGGAUUCAUGCAGCUCUCAACACCAUGGGAUCUUUUGCAGCCAAAAUUCCCCCUUCACGUACUCCAGCUUAGAGUGAAACCAGGCAACAGUCUACUGUAGUUUUCCAGUAGUUUGGAUGAAACAGGUUCUAGUACAAGUAAAGAUGCUAAUACUGCUCUCUAGUAAUAUCAAAACACGCUUCUAUUGCCUUUAUCUAAUUCUUAGAUAUUCUCAGAAAUCUUAAUUCAUCUAAAUAAACUUUCUACUAUAACUUAAAACUCAUGUUUAUGUUGUAAACACGUAUUCUUGUAAAUAACAUUGAUUUAUAUCUAUCUAUAUGAUAUUCCAUAUAGUAAAUAAAGCUAUGUUGACGUUU